AUGAAUAGUAAUGUAAAUAAUGUAUUGACUGUUGUUUGCGAUGAAAAACAGCAUAAUAUUGACUCGGAUUUUGUGUCCGAAGACGUGAGUUCGAGCCCCGACACUGUGCGCACUAUUAGUGAACAUCAUGAUGAUGAACAUCAGCCGGGUAAUAUAAAUGAGCUGAUGGCCGCCAAUGAUGAGACAAAACCACACGAAAACAAUAGACAAUCAGAAUCUGAUUCUGAAAGUAAUACCUCAAUGGAUAGCCAACAGAAUGAUAGGACAUCGACUGGUCAUUGGAGGAAAUACACUACAAAAGAGCAAUACCUGAGCGACGAGUUGAGGGCC